AUGGCUCCUCCAUACCCCAGCGAUAAUAGCGGGCGACGUCCUUCGCAACCGAGAAAUGACACCGAUGGUGAAAUAGCCCGUGAUCUCGCUGCUCUCGAUGAGCGAUAUCCUCGAACUUCGACCAAUUUCUCGAGACCACGGAAUACAGGUCGCUCUUACACAGACCCCAAUAACGAUCGCCAGCGACGAUCUUCCGAUGAUACAAACGUGAGAUCUGGAUCGAGGUCCAGAACUAGACGACCUGAUGAGGGUUCUCGUCCGCGAGCGAGCGGCCCUUAUGAACUGCGACCGAUUCCUUCGAGGACAGAAUUGUCGACUGACCAACCUCCCGAUUCUGCGGAUCGAACCGAUAAGGAAUUGACCUCGCCGGUUGACAAGACCAGUUUUGGGUUCGGCGGAAACGGUAACAAAUCCUCAGUGCGCGCCGAUAUUAAGAAAUAUCUCCAAGAAAGACGUCGGCGAAGAAUUGGACCUGGCGCAAAACCAACAUGGAAAGAUCGCACUAAAAAACAGCUUGGAGAGUUUCACCAAAAGGUCAUUCUCGAGACGAUUCUUCGCCAGAAACCACUCGAGCCUUUACCCGAUGGCCGUCAUAUUCCACUCAAUCCACCGCAGCGAGGUGCCAAUGGUCUUAUUGACGAGCGUGCAGGAAAGCCAUACUGCAGCAAUUUCAUACGGUCAAGUCGCUACACUAUCUACGAUUUCGUCCCGAAACAACUCCUCUUUCAGUUCAGCAAGCUUGGAAACUUUUACUUCCUUGUUGUUGGUACUAUUCAGAUGAUUCCUGGUCUGAGUACUGUCGGAAGAUGGACCACUAUCGCACCUUUGGGCGUAUUCGUCGCAUUCAGUAUGGCCAAGGAAGGAUGGGAUGAUUAUAGGCGCUAUCGACUUGAUCGCGUGGAAAAUCGAAGUGAGGCUUGGGUUUUGACGGAUGGAACUGGGGAAAAAAGCCGUGUUAGACACGCGGAGAAAAUGAGGAGGAAAAAGGAAAAGGCGUCUGAGAGUGGUGAAGAGCACAUGCUCGAUGAUCUCGAGUCAGGCACCACCGGUACCGCCAAAUUGGGUGGAAAGGGAGAUUGGACCUCGGUACAAUGGCAGCAUGUUCGUGUUGGCGAUGUUAUUCGAUUGCGUCGAGAUGACCCCGUUCCUGCGGAUAUUGUGCUUUUGCAUGCUACCGGCCCUAAUGGCAUUGCGUACAUCGACACCAUGGCUCUUGAUGGCGAGACGAACCUCAAGAGCAAGCAGGCCUGCCCCUUGCUCGCCGAGCGAUGCAACACCCUCGAAGGACUUCGUGCAACACAAGCUACUGUCGUUUCCGAAAACCCCAACCUGGACCUUUACAGCUACGAUGGUCGAGCAACAGUCGACGGCGAAACUCUACCACUGUCCAUGAACAAUGUCGUUUACCGUGGAUCUACUCUCCGGAAUACGGCCGAGGCCCUCGGUAUCAUCGUGAACACAGGCGAGGAGUGCAAGAUCCGGAUGAACGCCAACAAGAAUGUCCGCGCCAAGAAACCCGCUAUGCAAUCAGUUAUCAACAGGAUGAUCAUGGUCCAAAUCUUCAUCGUUCUCAUGCUCACAAUGGGUCUAACUAUUGGUUACUACCUGUGGAAAGAUCGAACUGAGGAUUUCGCUUGGUACAUCAGGCGAUCUGGUGUCUAUAAUGGCAGCGUCCCUUUUAAGGAAAUCUUCUUUGGGUUCAUCAUUAUGUUCAACACACUGAUUCCCUUGUCGCUGUAUAUCAGUCUUGAAAUUAUCAAGCUGGGACAGCUAUACUUGCUUAAUGAUGCGGACAUGUAUGAUCCAAUAUCUGAUACGCCCAUGGUUGCGAAUACAACCACUAUCCUCGAGAACCUGGGUCAAGUCAGCUAUGUCUUUUCUGACAAGACGGGCACUCUGACAGAGAACAUCAUGCGUUUUCGCAAAAUGUCGGUCGCUGGUGUUGCUUGUCUGCAUGAUAUGGACGUGCAGAGAGACCAGGAGGAGAUGCGCCGACGAAUCGAAGAGUCGGAGCGACCAAAAAAGGGUAAAAGCAAGGCAAGCUUCUCUGCGGCAAAGAACACAGGCCAUGUCAAGACUCUCGACGGAAACGAUGAUACAAGUGGAAGCGGACCUCGACCAGAGCCUAUUCGAACCAUGUCGACAAGAUCUGCAAGCCACUGGCAAUCCACUGUCAACACAGCUGAGAACGCCGACAUGAAGACAGAAGAUCUCCUUGAUUACAUUCAGAGGAAGCCCAACACUGCUUUCUCACGAAAGGCAAAGCACUUUUUGCUAUGUAUUGCUCUCUGCCACACUUGUCUUCCCGAGAGGACUGAUGAUGGCGACAUCACAUUCCAAGCUGCCUCGCCCGAUGAACUUGCUCUUGUUGAAGCUGCCAAAGAUCUGGGAUACCUGGUCAUUGAUCGGCCUGCACAAGCUAUCAAGUUGGAGGCCCGAGAUGCAGAUGGUUCUUUGUACACCGAGACGUAUCAGGUGCUGGAUGUGAUUGAGUUCAGCAGCAAAAGGAAGAGAAUGUCGAUCAUCAUUCGCAUGCCUGAUGGACGCAUUUGCGUCUUUUGCAAGGGUGCUGACAAUGUCAUCAUGCAGCGUCUGAAGUUGAGUAAUCUCGCCGAAGAAACUGCCAAGAAUAUCGGUCGUCGGGCAAGUCAGCGACGAGCUUCUCGGCAGGACCAGGCUUUGCAACGGAUCAACUCUCAAAAGAGUGUCAGUCCUUAUGGCAGCCCCUAUGGAAGCCCUCGCAACAGUUUUGGUUUAUCCAGAGCUGAAUCGUCUAAUCGAGAAGGUCUUAGAUUGAGCUUGGGACGACGUUCCACUGAUCUGAAGCGUCUGUCACAGCAGCUUGCCCGAUCACCUCGCACUUCAACCGAAAUGAUGAGCCCUCGACAGAGUCUUGCCCAAAUGCCCUCAUUCGACGAUGCUGAGCGCAAGAUUGACGAAUCAAUGGCCGCGAAUGAAGGCGCCGUGUUUGAGAAGUGCUUCCAACACGUCGAUGACUUUGCCAGCGAGGGUCUUCGAACUCUUAUGUAUGCUUACCGGUACAUUGAUGAGGACUCUUAUCGCACUUGGAAAGCAAAGUACAGAGAGGCUGAGACAAGCUUGGUCGAUCGUCAAGAACGCAUCGAAGCCGCUGGAGAGCUUAUUGAGCAGAGGUUCGAGCUUGCCGGAGCGACGGCAAUCGAAGACAAGCUUCAGGAGGGAGUCCCAGACACCAUUGACAAGCUGCGCCGAGCCAACAUCAAAGUCUGGAUGCUUACGGGUGAUAAGCGAGAGACGGCCAUUAAUAUUGGUCAUUCUGCUCGUGUGUGUAAACCUUGGUCAGAGGUUUACGUUCUUGAUGCGACUUUGGGCGAACUGAAAGAGACGAUUACUGCGACUCUCAAUGAUGUUAGCCGUGGCAUGGUUCCGCACUCUGUUGUGGUUGUCGAUGGACAGACACUCGCCAAGAUCGACGAAGAUGAUGAGCUGUCUCUUCUUUUCUACGACCUUGUUGUACGUGUUGACUCUGUCAUCUGCUGUCGAGCUUCUCCCUCGCAAAAGUCCAACCUCGUUCGCUCGAUUCGAAGAUAUGUGCCUAAGAGCAUGACUCUGGCAAUCGGAGACGGUGCGAACGAUAUCGGUAUGAUCCAGGCUUCUCAUGUUGGCAUCGGUAUCUCUGGUCGCGAGGGUCUACAGGCUGCUCGAAUUUCAGACUACUCGAUUGCCCAAUUCCGAUUCCUUCAGAAGCUGCUUUUCGUUCAUGGCCGGUGGAACUACAUGAGGACCGGCAAGUAUGUGCUUGCAACUUUCUGGAAGGAAAUUCUGUUCUUCAUUGUACAAGCUCAUUACCAGCGCUAUAACGGAUACUCUGGCACUUCACUGUACGAAUCAUGGAGUUUGACCGUCUUCAACAGUGCCUUUACGUCACUUCCUGUUAUUCUUCUCGGUAUUUUCGAGAAAGAUCUUCGUGCAGAGACGUUGAUGAAGGUUCCAGAAUUGUACACUUUUGGACAGAGGAACCUCGGAUUCAGAUUCUCGCAGUACUUUGCAUGGAUGUUCAUGGGUGUUGUGGGGAGUUUUGUGAUCUGGUACUUUACUUGGUGCGUUUACGAUAAGAUGUUUUAUGAUCGGGAUAACAGUAUCUUUGCGAUGGGCAUGGUUAGUUUCACUGUUGCUGUCAUCUUCAUCAACAUCAAGCUCUUGAUCCUUGAAGUGCACACCAAAACUGUUGUGACCUUUGGUGGCUGUCUGAUAUCUGUCGCUGGCUGGUUCUUGUGGAUGCUGGCCUUAUCAGGUAUCAAACCCAAGAGUUUUGGCCCUUAUAUUGUCCGGGACACUUUUAUUGAUAACUUUGGCCGCACACUACAAUGGUGGACGCUCGUGUUGCUUGAGCUUAUCGUGCUCAUUGUGAUCGAUCUGGUUGUUCAAGCUGUUCGACGAGUCUACUUCCCCGGAGACCAGGAUCUGAUGCAACGGAUCGAGAAAGAUGGCAAUGUGGACAAAGUCUUUGGAGAUGGAAAAGACGUUGAAGAAGGCGACGGCGAAGCAGAGAGAAUUCUCUCCAACCAGCCAACGCCAGGUGUUGACAUAGUACAAGACAGGAGACAUCGUGGGAGCCACGAUGAUUAUCAACCGAGGUUCACAGCGACAGCAGAAGAGAGGGAGAACCCAAUGGAGCAAUGGCGGGGAUGA